AUGGACGGCGAGCGUGAAACAAACGUGACCCCGACGUCGUUUUUCAGGGGCGUCUCCGACAAGCUGGAAUCGCGGCAGCAGCAGCAGCCCUCGUCAUCCGGCCGACUCGCUGCCGCCUCCAGCAGCAGUAUCAAUGCGAUGCCGGCGAGUCCAUACCGCGGCGGCGGCGCAGGAGGAGGCGCCACCCCGCCGUCCUCGGCCACCACCACCCCCACCUCCACCGUGACGCCGGUUAGCACACUGAUCACGCAGGUGUCGCAGCACGCGCCGUCCAGCUUGCAGCAGCAGCGGAGCGCUGGGGGGCAUACUGGUGGCUAUGGCGAUAGCAGUGGAACGGACGGCAGCGGCAAUGCGCACACCGGCCCCCGAGUCGCUGGAGGUGGUACAGGCGGCAGCACCGGCUUCCGCCAGCGCGUGCACGCCACGGAGUUGGUGGAGCGGGCUCGGUACAUCCGCAACCAGCCCAAGAACACGUCGCCCAUUGACGCCUCGGCGCAUCCCUCGUUGCUACCGGAGCCGCUUCCCGCCGUCCGGAACAAGAAGUGCCUCAUCCUCGACGUGGACGAGACGCUGGUGCACAGCUCCUACCAAAACACGGGUCGGUACGACGUGCACCUCCCCAUCACCCUCGAUCGUGACACCCACGUAAACGUCUACGUAGCCUUCCGACCGCAUCUCCAGCGCUUCCUCGAGGCGGUAGCGCCGCUCUUUGAGGUGGUCAUCUUCACGGCCUCCCUCAGCACGUACUGCGACCCGCUGAUGGACUCGAUUGAUAAGCAGCACAUUCUUGGCGGCCUGCGACUCUUCCGCGAGCACUGCAGUGUGGUCGGCACAACCUACGUGAAAGAUCUCUCGUUGUUAGGCCGAAAUCUAGAACAGGUAGCGAUCAUUGACAACAGCCCCAUCGCCUACCUCUUCCAGCAACGCAACGCAAUCCCCAUCACGUCAUGGUUCGACGAUUCACGCGACGAGGAGCUGCUGCGCUUGAUCCCUGUGCUGGAGGCACUGGCGGAGGCAGACACUGUGUACGAUGUGCUGGACAACUACAACGCUCUCUUGCAACUCCAACAGCUUCACGAGAACAGCGGAGAGUAG